AUGAUUCUCAGGGAUUCUCAAGGCUCAAUAAUUCUUAGUUCAUGCAGACAUCUAUUCACAUGCGCUGAUGUGUUAGAAGCAGAGCUAUUAGCUAUAAAAGAGGGAAUUUCAUUAGCACUACAAUGGAUUUACUUACCCAUUGAUGUCGAAUCUGAUUGUUCGGAGGCUAUCUCGAUGAUCAAGGAAGGAGUUGGCAACAAAAAAAAGCAUGCGUUCAUCAUCAAGGACAUCAUUGAUAGUAUGGAGGAAAGAGAUUCUUGCAUUAGUCACACUCGUCGAAACUGUAAUAAUGCUAGUCACUUCAUGGCUACUUUUGCUAGUUUGCUGUGCCGAACUGUGGUUUGGCUAGGCUUUGGCCCAGAAGAGGUCGUGAAAAUUAUUAGAUGA